AUGGCCCCAGUAACUCGCAGCAGAAGGGACACCAAGACCACCGAGUCGCCCGCCAACAAAAAGUCCAAGACUUCCACUCCCAAGUCCGACAGCAAGAAGCCCGAGAAGAGAAAGGCCACCGAGGAUGCCACUCCCGUUGCCGCCAAGAAGCAAAAGGCUACCAAGGAUGCCGUAGCUGCCCCUUCGCCCAAGCCCACACCCAAGUCCGACAAGUCGACACCCAAGACCACCCCCAAGGAGGAGAAGAAGUCGACACAGAAGCCCGUAAAGGAGAACAAGAAGGAGAAGAAGGAGAAGCCGGCACAGAAGGAGAAGAAGACCAAGGAGCCAACACCCGAGCCCAAGGCGCAGGAGAAGGAGGACGACAACGAGGAGGAGGAGGAGGAGCUCGACGAGGAGACCCAGGCUCUUGUCGAGAACCUUGACGGCGACGACGAGGAGAAGAAGGACGACAAGCAGAUCAGCACUUUCAAGAAGGGCCAAGAUGUCGGCAAGAUUCCCAAGAAGAAGACCAAUGACGACAGCGCUACCAAGGGCAGCGGCAAGCGCGGUGUCAUGUACCUCGGUCGCAUCCCCCACGGUUUCUACGAGCACGAGAUUCGCGCCUACUUUGGCCAGUUCGGCGAGAUCACCAGACUCCGCGUUGUUCGCAACAAGAAGACCGGCGCCAGCCGUCACCGCGCUUUCGUCGAGUUCGCCGACGCCGAGGUCGCCGACAUUGCCGCCCGCACCAUGGACAAGUACCUUCUCUUCGGCCACAUCCUGACCGCCAAGGUCGUCCCUCAAGCGCAGGUGCACAAGGACCUCUUCAAGGGCGCCAACCGUCGCUUUAAGGUCAUCCCGUGGAACAAGAUGGCCGGCAAGCAGCUCGAGAAGGUCCUUCCCGAGUCGAAGUGGCAGGCUAAGAUCACCAAGGAGGAGCAGAGGCGGGCGGCCAGGGCUGCCAAGCUCGCCGAGAUGGACUACGAGUGGCAGGCGCCCCAGCUCAAGGCCGCCGAGGCCAAGGAGCCCGCGCUUCUGCCCGCUGCUGAGGAGGAGCCCGUCAAGGCCAUCGAGGCGCCGGCUGCGGAGGAGAAGAAGACGGAGGAGGAGAAGACUGAGCCUGAGGUUGCCGAGACCAAGGAGGAGGAGCCCAAGUCGACGAAAAAGCGGACCGCGGCCACUCCUAAGAAGGCUGCUGCCACUCCCAAGAAGGCCGCCGGCACCACCCCCAAGAAGGCGGCUGCUGCUGCUGCCACACCCAAGGCGGAAGCCACCACGCCUGCUAGGGCUACCCGCUCCACCCGGAAGACCAAGGCUUAG